AAGGAGCCUCCGAAGCAGAUCGUUCCUUUUUCCUCAUUAAUUGAAGCCACUCGUCUGUUCUCUCCCUCGCUCCCUGUCUCGCUGGAAGGCCUCAACAGUGCAGCCUUUCCUCCCCUCCCCAGCCAGCGCGCCAGUUUCUGCACAUUCUGGCAGAGUCCCUCCCUCCUCCUUUCUAACGGGCGGAGCGGAGGACGACAACAGAGGCAGCCGGCGGAGCGUCAGGACCGCAGAUGGGGGAGUGUGGGGUGCCGGCUGGAGUUCAGCUGCUGCUCCGCGCUUGUGACCAGGGUGACUGCGAGAGCGCCCGGCUACUCCUGUUGGGACCCCCGCCGGCCGCCGGGACAAGCGAAGAGGCGGCGACAGCAGCGGAGCCCGGCAACUGCGCGUCUGGCGGGGCCGGAGCUGCAGCAGACCUCCCUCCCAGCUCGGUGCCCGUGGACGGCACAGACGAGGCCGGCAACACGGGGCUGCAGUUCGCGGCGGCCGGGGGCCAUGAGGAGCUGGUGGGCUUCCUGCUGCGUAGGGGAGCCUCGGUGCAGAGCCGGAACCACUGCGGCUGGAGCCCGCUCAUGCAAGCGGCCAGGUUUGGACAUCUAUCCGUGUCUCGCAUCUUGUUAGAAAAUGGUGCUGACCUUAAUGCACAGAAUAAAUUGGGAGCCAGUGUACUUACCAUGGCUUCUAGGGGUGGACAUAUCAGUGUGGUAAAGUUGUUGCUGGAAUCUGGAGCUUAUGUUGAUAAUUAUGACCAUUUGAGUACUAGCUUGGAUAACAAUAAAGAGGAAUUGCCAGCUAUCACCCCUCUUAUGGCAGCUGUCCAGCAUGGGCAUGAAGCAGUGGUCCAUCUUCUGUUAGACUGGGGAGCUGACUGUAAUUACACCGUGAAGACUAUGGGCUGGACUCCCCUAAUGUUGGCGGCUGUUAGUGGAAGAGUGAGCUUGGCCCAACACCUUAUGAACAAAGGAGCCAAUCCUGACCAUCUGAAUAUGCUGCAUAAAACACCAUAUGAAAUAUCUGUUGACUUCCAACAUGAAGAUAUGAAGGACUAUUUGGCACCUUUAACAACAGUUAGACCCCAAACAGAUAAACAGAAGAGACAACCAGAUAUCUUCCAUGCUUUGAAAAUGGGGAAUUUUCAGCUGGUUAAAGAGAUUACUGAUGAAGACCCCACACAAGCCAAUGUCAUUAAUGAUGAUGGUGCUUCCCCACUGAUGAUUGCAGCUGUAACUGGACAGUUAUCACUUGUGCAGUUACUUCUUUCAAGAAAUGUGGAUAUUGACAAACAAGAUAACAUACAUGGAUGGACAGCACUAAUGCAGGCCACGUAUCACGGAAAUAAAGAAGUUGUCAAGUAUUUAUUAAAUCAAGGAGCCGAUGUCAACCUGCGUGCUAAAAAUGGAUAUACAGCCUUUGACCUGAUAAUGCUGCUGAACGAUCCAGAUGCAGAACUUGUACGGUUGCUAGCCUCAGCAUGCAUGCAAGUAGACAAAGAAAAGGGUAAGCAGAACAACAAAGCAACUGCGCCCUCUUCAAGAAAUAAGCAAUCUCUAGAUAUUCCAAUAUUGCCUGAUGACAAGGGAGGACUGAAGUCAUGGUGGAACAGGAUGUCCAAUAGAUUUCGCAAGCUGAAGUUGACUCAAACUUUAAAUCAUGGAUUUUCUAUAAAUCCAUCAGUGCCUUUUUCAGAAGAGUUAAAAUCACCAUUUGACUGUACAAUGAAGGCCACAUUACAGAUUGAUAACUCUGUAAAUCGUGAUGCCACUGCAGCCUGGGCAACAAAGAGCAAGACUAAUGGUAUAGGAAGCACAAAGGCAGGAAAGGAUGAUGAAUUGUUGACAACUGUGUUGAGAAGUGGGGCUCCAUUUACAAGACUGCCUAGUGACAAAUUGAAAGCUGUUAUUCCACCUUUCUUGCCUCCAUCAAGUUUUGAGCUGUGGAAUUCUGACAGGACACAAACAAACAAGGAUGGCAGCAGAGAGCAAACUAGACUCAGCCUUCCACACAGAGCUACUAGUCCUGAUAAUAAUGGCAAUGGAAGAUCCGACAAAGGAAGAGACAGAGAAGCAUCCUUAACUAGAGGUACUAGAUCUAUUAAACUGUCGGCCUUUGCGAGAAGACCUCCUACUCCCUCCAAUUCAAGCAACUUCAAUCAUUCCCCCCACUCUUCUGGCGGAUCUAACAGCAUAGCUGGAGUUAAUAGGCAUGGUGGAGAAAUGCACAAUAAAUCGGGUGGCAGUGCUGAUAGUGUUUUGUCUCAAAUUGCUGCUCAAAGGAAAAAAGCUGCUGGUAUACCUGAACAGAAACCAAGCCAACAGCAAGUGUGUCCAGCUUCUUCCUCCUGUCCUCCUGAUGUGGACAGUGCACACGCCAUUGGCAAUGAACACAUUCUAAAGAAAUUGGAUGUGAACAAAAAGCCUCCAUCUGAGAAUUCUUCUACUUCCAAAAGCACAUCCCCAACUCUCACACCAUCGCCGUCACCAUCUCCAUCCCCCAAAGUUCAAAGUGCUGAGUCCUCUCUCUCCUCCUCUCACAGACAAGGAAAAAGCAGUGGUGGCUCCAGUAGUGGAACUCUGACUGAUGAAGAUGAACUCACAGGCAUCCUUAAAAAACUCUCACUGGAGAAGUAUCAGCCUAUUUUCGAAGAGCAGGAGGUGGAUAUGGAAGCUUUUCUCACCCUUACGGAUGGAGAUUUGAAGGAACUGGGAAUUAAAACUGAUGGUUCUAGACAACAAAUUCUGGCAGCUAUUUCUGAGCUGAAUGCAGGAAAGGGCCGAGAGAGAAAGAUUUUACAGGAGACCAUACACAACUUCCACUCUUCCUUUGAAAGCAGUGUUAGCAACACCAGCCCUGGAAAACCUCAGUAAUUCCUAUGCAACUCGGUAUGAGUCUGGUGGUAACUAAUGAGAGACCUCACUCUUCCCUGGCCGUUGAAACUGGGACUAGAGCUGGAGCUGUGUUUAAAUAUGAAAUAUAUAACUGUAUCCAGAAUGUGAAGACCAAAUUUCAUCCCAAUAUCCCAUCUUCAAAGGAGAUUGUGCAUUGAGUUGGGUUCUACAUAUUUGUAGAAUACAGUUGAAAACAGUUCUGGUGAUCAGGUUGGGGGGCUGUCUUUGAAAUGAUGUGAAUGUGCAGACCAUAUUUCACUCUGAUAAUUCAGUCUUCAAAGGUGGUAUUAAUUGCAUUAUGUUUUAUUUAUUUCCUGGCUCCCUUGAAAAUGGGUGUGUGUGUGUCAAGAUGGUAUUCUAAAUUGAAUGGAAGAAUUGUGGCCUGAACAUGUGUAUCAAAUGUCAUUAAAGUUUAUCAGGGUAUAACACAGUUGUCUCAUUCCAAAUAAUUUGGCAAAUGGAAUGCUAAGUGGGCCACUAUUUAAGCCAAAGACUUCAUUUUUCUUGGGCAGUCAUUACCACUCAUGUAUCUAGGAUGUUUCUUCAUGUAAAAAGUUCUUUGUAUGAACAAAGCAUUUUUUGUACUGGAAAAAAUUACCAUAAACCACACGGUAGCCACUUAAACACUUUAUUUUGAGAUAGCUUUCAUGUGGAAGGGCAGUAAUCUGUAACGUGGAGGGCAGUAAUCUGUAGUCUCUAGCCACACAGUAAACCCAGGAUUAUGGAUACACACUCUUGCAGCCAGUCAGAAAUAUAAAGGAGCAGCAGCUGUGGUAAAAUUGUGCUUACAUGCACAAUAGCUGCAGACAACACUCCUAAUACAGUUACAGCUGUUGUCUUCCACUCAUCGUAACAUGCAAAAGACUCCUUAAUGUGCUUGAGGACUCAGUAAGGGUUUGAACUUGGACCUCCCAUGUCCAUUGCUGAUCAUCCUGUCCACUGGACCAAACAGGAAUGUGUUCUAAACUGCUUAGAUAAGGUUUUUAAAAAUCAGAACAAAGUACAAUGCAGGUAAGUAACUCUAAGUUAAAGGAAUCUCAAUUUAAAAAUGAAAUGGCCUGCCUUCAAGUCGAUCCCAACUUAUGGCGACCCUAUGAACAGGGUUUUCAUGGUAAGCGGUAUUCAGAGGGGGUUUACCAUUGCCUUCCUCUGAGGCUGAGAGGCUUUUGAAAUAAAAAGGGCAGUUUGCUCAUUCAAAUUUGAGACAGAAAUGAAUUGUAAAUCAUGCACCUCCAUCUGAUCCAUGUUUAUUCAAAUGCAAAUCCCAAUGAUUUCAAGAGAACUUACCCAAGUAAAUGUGCAUAAAAUUGCAGCUUGAAUGUUACAAGACAUUCUGGCAAUGUUGUUCAUAGCCUUUUAUAGCACCCAUUAUGUGUUUAUACUGGUUCUAAAAAUAGGAAAAGACUCUUCCCUGGGUCCAGGUGCCUCCUGUCUUUCCAGAGAAGUAAAUAUUUCAAGUACAAAUUCUUGAUACAUUUUCUUUCCUAGGCUUAAUGUUAGCAACCAUGUGAGGGGAUUUAAAACAUUUACUACUAGGUGCCAUGGCUGCUCUGUCUCCUGAUUCAGCAGCAAAAUUAAAGAAACAGGGAAUCUCUGCCAUUCCUGCUUACAGCACCUCAGGAAAGUGAGGAGGAUAAUGAACCCUGAUUCCAUCUUCUCCCUUUUUAUUAGACAGGUUUCUUAUUGUCAAUGCUUAUGAGCAAAGUAAAGACAUGCUUUAAAUUGCCCUAUCACUUUAUGUGUUUGUUGUUAUGUGCCUUCAAGUCGAUUACGACUUACGGAAACCCUAUGAAUCAGUGACCUCCAAUAGCAUCUGUCAUGAACCACCCUGUUCAGAUCAAUCCAUCUCUUGUUUGGCCUUCCUCUUUUUCUCCUCCCUUCUGUUUUCCCCAGCAUUAUUGUCUUUCCUAGUGAAUCAUGUCUUCUCAUUUAGCUUCAAGUGAUAAUACUGGUUUAAUGUGUUCUAACACCCAAUUAUUUGUCUUUUUCAGUCCAUGAUAUGCGCAAAGCUCUCCUCCAACACAACAUUUCAAAUGAGUUGGUUUUCCGUUAUCCACUUUUUUCACUGUCCAACUUUCACAUCCAUACAUAGAGAUCAGGAAUACCAUGGUCUGAAUGAUCCUGACUUUAGUGUUAAGUGAUACAUCUUUUCAUUUGAGGACCUUUUCUAGUUCUUUCAUAGCUGCCCUCCCCAGUCCUAGCCUUCUUCUGAUUUCUUGGCUAUUGUCUCCAUUUUGGUUAAUGACUGUGCCAAGGUACUGUACUGAUAAUCCCUGACAAGUUCAAUGUCCUCGUUGUCAACUUUAAAGUUACCUAAAUCUUCUGUUGUCAUUACUUUAGUCUUCUUGACGUUCAGCUGUAGUCCUGCUUUUGUGCUUUCCUCUUUAACUUUCAUCAGCUUUCAUUUCAAAUCAUUACUGGUUUCUGCUAAGAGUAUGGUAUCGUCUGCAUAUCUUAAAUUAUUGAUAUUUCUCCCUCCAAUUUUUACACCUCCUUCAUCUUGGUCCAAUCCCGCUUUCCAUAUGACACAUUCUGCAUAUAAAUUAAACAAAUAGGGUGAAAAAAUACACCCCUGUCUCACACCCUUUAUGUAUAGUACAAAACUUUACUUUAUGUAUUUACUUUAUAUAUAUUUAAUUUAUAUUUAAUUUACUUUAUGUAUAGUACAA